GCUGCUCUCACUCUGACCUGUGCGCUGAUGCUGCUCAACACUGACCUGCACGGACAGAACCUCGGGAAGGCGAUGUCGUGCUCCGGCUUCAUCUCCAAUCUGGACGGGAUGAACGAGGGAGGGAACUUCCCCCGGGAGCUGCUGAAGAGCCUCUACAGCUCCAUCAAGAACGAGAAACUGGAGUGGGCCGUGGCGGACUCUGAGCUGCAGGACUCUCUGCUGCCCCCCGGUGGCGAGCGGGGGGAUUGUGGGUCGCUGCGCAGUAAAAGUAACCCCUUCCAGGACCUGGCGCACGACCAGCAGGCCCCCCAGUUCAAGCAGGGCUUCCUGACGCGCAAAGCACACGCCCGACAUCGACGGAAAGAAGAAUGGCCAGGGCCCGGUCCCGGGCUCAAGGCAUGCGCCGACAUCGUGAUCAAUAACGGCUCUGUGUUUCUGCCCCUCUCUCAGCUCCCUGGGGGUCGGAGGAGCUGGAAGGUUUUCUACGCGGUUCUGAAGGGGAUGGUGCUCUACCUGCAGAAGAGCGAUUCCUUGGUGCAGUGCCCUCUCUCAGAGGAGGUGGUCAGCGUGUGCAGGGUCAGUUACCCCUCUCUCUCUCCGCCUCUCUCUCAGAGCGAGUCCUUGGUGCAGUGCCCUCUCUCAGAGGAGGUGGUCAGCGUGUGCAGGGUCAGUUACCCCUCUCUCUCUCCGCCUCUCUCUCAGAGCGAGUCCUUGGUGCAGUGCCCUCUCUCGGAGGAGGUGGUCAGUGUGUGGCGGGUCAGUAACCCCUGUCUCUCUCCCCCUCUCUCUCAGAGCGAGUCCUUGGUGCAGUGGCCUCGCUUGGAGGAGGUGGUCAGUGUGUGGCGGAGCGAUUCCUUGGUGCAGUGGCCUCGCUCGGAGGAGGUGGUCAGCGUCCAUCAUGCCCUGGCAGAGCGAGCGGUCGGCUACACGAAGAGACCCAACGUGUUCCGCCUUCAGACUGCGGACUGGAGGGUCUUCCUGUUCCAGGCACAGAGCUCAGAGGAGAUGCUCUCCUGGGUGUGUCGUAUUAACCUGGUCGCUGCUCUCUUCUCCUCUCCUCCCUUCCCCGCUGCUGUUGGUUCUCAGCGUCGAUUCGUCAGGCCCAUCCUGCCAGCCUCCUGCUCCAGCAACUGCCAGGAGGACCAGUUGGAGGCUCACAAGCGCUGGCUGGAGUCGUUCUCUCAGGACCUCGCGGAGCAUCAACAGAACCAACCGGAAAGAGGGAGGGGGAGAGCGAGGGAGCAGGAAGAGUACAGGCUGAGAGAGGAGUACCUGCAACACGAGACAAUGCGCUACGACUCCUAUGUGAAGCUCCUGCAGGCCCGGCUCCGGCUCGGUUCUGACGACCUGGCCCGCUUCGAGGCGCUGGUGUGCGAGGGGCUGGAGGGCGACGCAGGCACCCUCACCAAAUCUCACUCCAGCCCCUCCCUCAACCAGGACAGCGAGACUCCGGUGGUGAGGGUGAAGAGGAACAUCUCCGAGAGGAGAACCUACCGGAGGAUCAUUGUGCCGCGGAGGAGCAGGGAGCAGCUGUGAGGAGACAGAACCAGGACCGGGGCAGAACCGGACCAGGACCAGAAUCAAACGCAUUCA